AUGUGCUCUGCAAUUAUCCAAGAUGCUCAGGUUCAGAAGCAUUUUUUGAAUGUUUCACAUAAGGCGUUAUGUAGGUACAUCGACCAGUUACAAAUUGCACUGCACCGGUACUCAAGUCGCCCCGAGAUCAUUCCUCCCAGGCUUGUGGAUACAACCAUGAACGGCAAUACCACCCACUUGAUUAUGCCUGUGCUGGACGACGUGUUUUCUGGGCUGAAGUGGCUUGGCUACAAUCCGCAAGGGGGGCUCGGGUUCGUGGGUGCAGUAACGGUCACGGAUCCCAGAUCGGGCGGCUUGAUCGGGGUAGUGCAGGCCAAGCAACUCACAGGAGUGAGAACAGCUUUGGCAAGCUGCAUUGGGAUUCGCAACCAGCUUUCAGCCUUCAAAAAUAAAACUUCAAUCACAGUUUUUGGAACAGGGUUACAGAGCUUCUGGCACAUCUUUGUAUGUGCAAAGCUUCUAGAGGGUAGAGAAAUUGCAGUUAAUGUGAUUUAUAGAAGCUCUCCAAUGGACACGGCUUUGCUUGAAGAUCAUCUUCCUUCUCUUAAAGUGGCACAGUUUCAACUCAGUGAUACGGAACAGGUUCGGGAUAAGGUGUCGCAGAGCAACAUCAUUUUCGGAUGCGUACCUUCCACUGAGCCUUCGAUCCUGAAGAAGUACCUGGAGGCUUCGUCCGGCCCCGAAUAUACCUACAUUUCUCUGAUCGGCAGCUACAAAAGUCAUAUGCAUGAGUGUGACACUGCAUUAGUUGAGCAGUUCAAGGACCAAGGCGUCCAAAUUCUUGUUGACUCCAAGGAGCAUACAUUAAUUGAGGCUGGCGAGCUGAUCGAUGCCAAUGUCGCUCCUACGCAGCUUCUAGAAAUUGGAAAUUUGGAACCCAACAAACCGUUGCCAAAAUCCACAUGCAAAAACGGCAAGCUUGUUACUCUUUGCAAGAUAGUUGGGCUUGCUAUUAUGGAUGUUAGUAUGGCAAAAACACUUCUUGCGGAUCUUUCAAGCUAG